AUGACGCAUUCUUACUUUUCUCUAUUUGAUGACGACCAUACUCACGUGUCUCCGAACUUAGUACGAUCUACUGUCAGGCGUGGAAAGAAGAAGCUGGUCACGAUCUUCUCAAAUGACUCUUCAGUCCAUCAUGACCGGACUUCUGGAAGGCUCCAUUUUGGCCAAUCUCACAGCCAGUCUUCUUCAACGGCAGACCUGCUGAUCUGGCCAGAUGAGCACAAUAUCUGCAAGACGCAAGACGCAAGACCUGCUGAGUGCAAUCACUUAAUGGGCCAGCGAGGCAAUUGGAAAUGCUGUAAAAAGGUUGGGAGCGCCAAAGCUGGUGAUGAAAUGAGGCUUUCAGGCGACUUUGUGCUCGUGCGGGACAGCAGCGAAACGGCCGAGAUGCGACGCGACGCGACGUUACACGACACGAGACGAGACGACACGAAAAGACGAGGCAGACCAGAACGAGUGGGAAGAAAUGAAGAGAAGGAGAAAAGAGCAAAUGAUAAAGAAGAUAGGCAGGAGAAAAAGGAGGAGAAUGAGGAGAGCGAGAAGGAAAUUAGAGAGAAGAAGGAGGAUGAAAGGAAGGAGAAGAAGAACAAGGAAGCGAAUGAGGAGAAUGAGGAGAACGAGAAGGAAAUGAAGGAGGAAAAAGAGGAUGAAAAGAAGGAGAAGAAGAACAAGGAGGCGAAUGAGGAGAAUGAACAGAAGGAAAAGGACAUGAAGGAGAAAAAGAAGGAUGAAAAGAAGUAG